AGCAUCAGCAGUGUUUUCCUGAGGAGUGUCCCUGUGAAGGGAGUGAACUGGAUCUACAGAAACAUAAACAAUAAAACCAGGAGCAUCUCUUUUUUUUCGUCCUCUUAGUUUUAUUUAUCCUCGUGUUUAAAACUGAUUUUUUUUCCCCGCCCUUUUUUGCUGAGAGGAUUGUUGUGUUUUGACUUGGAGAAAACAUUUUGGAGCGUCAUGAAAAGGUUUCCUAUGUUGCUGAAUGGCUGGCAGUGGCAUCAUCAUAAUCAUCCUGAGGAUUUAUAAGAAGCAGAGAGGCUCAAUAGAAGAGGAAUAAUUAAAGAAAACUACAACAGGAAGUGGCAGAGCGCGGUACAGAAAGCUGGAUUACGGGGAGCAAAGCGAAAGUCGGGGAAGGGUGUGAAGAGGAGGCGUGGCAACGGAGAGAGAGAGAGAGAGGGAGAGACGGAGAGGAGAGUGGAUGCUGCACACACCCUGAGAUGCUGUGCUGGCUCAGAGAAGACGAGAUGUCGGUCCAGGAGCUGCUACAGAGGGUGCAGUGUGUCAUCACUCAUGUCGAUGAGAUCAUGCAGCAGGAGAUCAGGCCCCUGCUCGCAGUGGACAUCAUAGAGCAGCUCCAUCGGCAGUUUGCCUUGCUCUCAGGAGGAAGGGGGAAAGAUGGCGCCCCCAUCAUCACCUUCCCAGAACACUCAGGCUUCAGUGACGUGCCGGAGGACGACUUCCACAAUGUUAUCACUUAUCUGACCAGCAUCCCCAGUUUGGACGCUGCGAGUAUCGGCUUCAUCAUCAUCAUUGACCGGCGGAAAGACAAAUGGAGCUCAGUGAAGGCGUCUCUGUCGAGGAUCGCUGGGGCGUUUCCAGGAAACCUGCAGCUAGUGCUGGUGCUCAGGCCGUCCAGGUUCUUCCAGAGAGCGAUAGCAGAUAUUGGCAUCAAGCUGCACAAAGAUGACUUUAAAAUGAAGAUUGUGAUGCUGAACUCUCUGUCGGACCUUCAUGGCUACGUGGACAAAGGUCAGCUGACCCUGGAGUUAGGAGGAAGUCUGGAGUACUGUCACAGUCAGUGGAUCCACCACCGAACUGCCAUAGAGAACUUUGCAGUGACGGUGAAAACCACAGCGCAGAUGUUACAGAAGUUUGGUGCUGACCUAGCAGAGACGGAGCUGCCCAAUGACGUCCAGUGCACCAAAGACCUGCUCACAGCGCACAGUGACAAACACGACAGCCUGAAGGAUGAACUGAAGCUGGCUCUGAAGCAGGGAAACACUUUGUUGGGUUGUAUCAAAGAUCAGGCAGCAAAGUCUGAGAAUCACAAACUCAACCCAGACGAGAUGGAGAACCAGACCACAGUGGAGAGGCUCUUGGCUCAGCUUGAUGAGACGGACAAUGCCUUUGAGCAGUUCUGGUGUAAACACCAUCUGAAGCUGGAACAAUGUCUGCAGCUACGUCACUUUGAGCAAGACUUCAGAGAGGUCAAAGUGUCUCUCGACAGUCUGAUGGACAGUCUUGCCAGCUUGUCAAUCAUUGGGGAUUGUCUGGCCCGUGUCGAACACCUGCUGAAGGAACUUAAAACACUGGAAGAUAAGGCUCAGCCGACAUUAGAGAAAGCUCAGCUCCAUGCGCUGCACGGCGACCAGCUGAUCCAAAGCAACCACUACGCCGUCGACUCCAUUCGACCCAAAUGUGUGGAGCUGCGGCGAGUGUGCGAUGACUUCAGCAACGAAGCCAAGAAGAAGACGGAUGUCUUGUCCAAGUCUCUGCAGAUACACACAGGCAUUGAGAAGGUGAACCAGUGGUGUGAGUCUGGGAUCUACCUGUUGGCCUCUCAGGCUGUAGACAAGUGUCAGUCACAGGAAGGGGCGGAGUCAGCUCUGAGCGACAUUGAACGCUUCCUGGAGUCGGCAGAAAAGAACCAGCUAACCGAACUGAGGAACCUCCACAACCAGUACGAAGUCGUGCUCUCUGAGGAUUUAAAGGUCAGUGUCCUGAAGGCUCUCAAGCGUCUGGAGGACGUUCAGGAGAUGUUUGAGAAGCGGCACGUCAGUCUGAAGAGACUUUCGGCAAAACAGACGAGGCCUGUCCAGCCUGUGGCCCCGCGGCCCGAGUCCUCCCCCAAACGACCCACGGUGAGGAACACCACCAGAACAACAGGAAACCACCAGCCUCUGAGUCGCAGAGCAUCUGACAACACCACCAGCGGGAAGCAGACGGCCGACCCCGAUCCCAACAAGAAGAAGAUCAUACGCAAGGCCAAGGGCGGCAUCAAGAUAGAGGUGAUGCAUGAGGAAAGUCAAGGAGGCUCCACUCACGUCGUCCUGUCCAAUGAGACGGAGGAGAGUUUGUCCAACAGACGCAGGCACAUCAUGACGGAGCUGAUUGAGACGGAGAGGCUGUAUGUGGAGGAGCUGCAGAGCAUCAUGGAGGGUUAUUUUGCAGAGCUGGAUAAUUCUGAGCUCAGCCACCUCACGCCGCCUUCCCUGGAGAACAAAAGGGACGUGCUGUUUGGAAACCUGCCUGAGAUUUAUGAAUUUCACAACAGGACGUUUCUGAGGGAGUUGGAGAACUGUAUAGAGAAGCCAGAGAUGGUGGGAACCUGCUUCCUGAAGAGGAAAGAAGAGCUGCAGGUGUAUCAGAAGUACUGUCAGAAUAAACCUCGCUCUGAAGUCCUCUGGAGACAGUGUGGAGACAGCCUCUUCUUUCAGGAGUGUCAGAAGAAACUGGACCACAAACUGUCUCUGGAUGCCUACCUGCUGAAACCAGUGCAGAGGAUCACCAAGUACCAACUCAUGCUGAAGGAGAUGCUAAAAUGCAGUAAGAGCGAUGGCAUGGUGGAGCUGGAGGAGGCUUUAGCGACAGUGUUGGACAUCAUCAAGUCUGUCAACGACUCCAUGCACCAGAUCGCCAUCACUGGCUUUGAGGGAAACCUGAGUGAACUGGGAAAGCUGUUGAUGCAGGGAUCCUUCAGUGUGUGGACGGAUCACAAAAGAGGCCACAGCAAGGUGAAGGACCUGGCCAGGUUUAAGCCAAUGCAGAGACACCUCUUCCUGUAUGAUAAGAUGCUGCUGUUCUGUAAGAAGCGAGACGAGACGACAGAUGGACACGAGAAGACACCGUCCUAUAGCUUCAAACACUCGCUCAAGAUGAGUGACGUGGGAAUCACAGAGAACAUUAAGGGAGACAUCAAGAAGUUUGAGGUGUGGUACAACGGCAGAGAGGAGGUUUACAUCAUCCAGGCUCCUUCCAUGGAUGUGAAAAACAUGUGGGUGUCGGAGAUUCGUAAAGUUCUCACAGGACAGCUGGAGGCUUGCAGAGAGGCCAGUCAGCUCAACAUCUAUGGAGGUCCCAUAAGGACUGUACGGAAGUUGGCGCUGAGACAGUCUGAUUCUUCAAGUCCAGAGUCGGGCUUCAGGAGGACCAACCCAAGCCCGAACAUGAGGCAGAAGAGAGCUGAUGCUUCUUCCGCCCAGUCAGGGAACUCGGUUGCUAACGCUAGGAAACGCUUCACGUUGCAGGGACUUUCCAACAGGAGGUCUCUCCCAUCAGAACCUGCUGCUAAGGAGGCAGAGGUCCCCCGCCGCUUCUCUCUCACCUCUUCCCUUGCCUCCUCUACUUCCUCCUCCUUCGCAACACGACGCACAAAAGGUCCACUGUCUUCUAACAUAAAGAGCAAGAGGCAUGAGAUAAAGAGUGAUCCCACUCCGUUUGGUUAUGAAGAUACUUUGCGUGGCGCUAUGGCUGCAGUGAGGAAACGUCAGAGCAUGACGAUGGGCACUGCUACUGCUGGUGGUGGCACCGCAGCUGUCCCCAGGUCCACGUCCCAACCAGGCUGGACACAGCGACGUCUCCCCUCCAUGGACACAGAGGACUUUGAGACAAUUCCGUCCAGUGCAGAGGAAUCGUCCAACUCUUCAGAGGAGGAAGGCAACAAUAAAAAUGGAGACUCUAGUCGUUUUCGGGUGCAGCUGACGUACGAGUCUCGUGAAGCGCGGGACAUGUCUCUGGAGCCGAGCGACCUGGUCCAGUUCCUGGAGGAAGCUGAGGCCGGACAGUGGUUAGUGAGGAACCUUUUGACAGAAGAGACGGGGCGUCCUCUGUCCACUGCCCUGCAGACUGCUCCUGAACGAGAUAUCUUCAGUGAUCUGUGCACUGCAGCUCUCUCCAACUCGGACGAAAAUGAAGCCAGUUUGUGAGGAGGCGGGUCUCAGGACAGUGAAUGCAUCACAAACGUGACUUUUGACUGUAGUUUUUCAACUGGAAUUUCUUAAGCUGGACUUAAAAAUCAACAAAUAUUUGUUUUUUUCUACUUGUAGUUCUAUUUGACUACAAAUAUGGCUGUAGUCAUUUUUAAACCACACUUUUUCAAAUCUGUCACUGAAUCGAUAAAGCUGGAACCCGUAUGACGCCUGAACGCACCAUGGGAAAGCCAUAUUAGACGUUUAAUACAACCAUCUGUCGUCUAUGGAGACUGAGGACUGAUCAAAAGGUGGAUGAGUUAACAUUACAGACUGUAAAAAGCAGCAGCUGGUCAUCUGAGAUGUUAAAUGAUGAAGUGAUUGACUGUGUGUGCUGGUUGUGAGCAGGUGUUGGCAUGGUGCCCCGUUCUGCUGCUGCUGAACUGAGCUAAAACUCCACAAUCUGCCUCUGCUGCCUUUUUCAGUCACUUCAGAUGCUGGAGAUGUUACAGCUGCUUCGGAUGCUUCUGCUGCUUCAGCUAUGUCAGGUUUGAAAACACAAAGACACUGGAACUGCAUUCUCCAGGAGAACCUUGACACGUGUCUUGCUUGCCUUUCCUCUCCCUGAUAGAAUAUGUAACAUUAUCUCUUUGUCUCUAUUCUCAACCAGCUGGUAAGUCAUCUGCAUAAACUGCUGAACGACAUUUAUCUUAUACUCUUCUCUAUAAACUGAUCCAUACAUGGUUAAACACAGUUUACCAUGUUUAUCACGUUAGCACAUACUGUGCUGUUAGACAUCAGACAGACAUUAGAGGUAAUUGUUGUCAUUUUAUUUUAACUCAAGUACUGCACUAUGUUUUAAAUCACAUCCAUCACUGAGUAAAAAAAAACUU